AUGCCGCGACAACAACGCUCUAUACAGACUUCUCGUGAAGGCAGACUAAGCCUUGCUAUCGCAUCCUAUCAUAAUAAUCCAAAAAGUUCUAUCUACUCUCUUGCGAAAGCGUAUGACAGCUUGACCGACGUGGAUUUCCACCACAUAUCAUUGACGUGCGACGAAUGGCAGACACUCUACUCGCCGCGCGUGGCCAGAAUCCACCACCACCACCUAUAG